UAUUUGUUUUCACGGCUGCAGCAUUGAGCCUACAACUUAUUUGUAAGCGGCAUACUAAUAAGAACCACAUUUUCAGCAGCGUGUUUUUAUGAUCAUUUGUGAUGAUUCCUUUUUCAAUGACAAGAAUCUGAGACUGUUCUCUGUUCUCAUGUCCUGUCUGUCCCGCAUUUGUAAUCCGGCGCCCUUGCAGAACGAAUCCGCUGGACUGGUGCCUUCCUAUUGAGACGCAAGAAGCAUAGACACCAGCCUGCAUCUGAGCGUAACACCGCCAGCUCCUAUCAUUAAAACAAACAAGACAGAAGCGCAUAUAACAAAUAGAAACACUUUUCAAAUCUGGGGGUUACAAAUCCUGGAGGAUUUAGCCGAGAAGUUGCAUGUGCAGGAGUGAUAAUACUCGACCGGGACAGAAGGAAUGGGAUACCCGGGCAGAGCAGUGAGAGGAUGGAAAGGAUGGACGCUGCUGGUUUGGGUCGCCGCUGUCAGCUUUGUUUUUGCAGACGGACGGAGAGUGAGACCGGCCAGAUGCCCCGCUGGAUGUACCUGCACCAAAGACAAUGCACUGUGUGAGAAUGUCCGAUCCGUGCCUCACACUUUCCCGUCCGACGUCGUUUCACUAUCUUUUGUCAAGUCUGGAUUUAAUGAAAUCGUAGGAGGAAGCUUUGUUCACACCCCUGCCCUGCAACUGCUAUUGUUCACAGCAAAUUCAUUGGACCUAAUUGAUGAGGAUGCGUUCCUGGGUUUACCACAUCUUGAAUACCUAUUUAUUGAAAAUAACAAAAUUGCAUCGAUAUCCCCAAAUGCUUUCCGGGGCCUGAAAACGCUGAUACAUCUAAGUCUGGCUUACAACAACCUAGAGACGUUGCCAAAAGAUGUCUUCAAGGGCAUGGACGCUUUGACAAAAGUGGAUCUACGUGGCAACAACCUGAUUUGCGACUGCAACCUCAAGUGGUUGGUGGAGUGGAUGCACCACACCAAUGCCACCCUGGACCAGAUCUACUGCAGCGGUCCACCCGUUCAGCAGGGGAAGAAGAUCAAUGACCUGCUGCCACACUCUUUCGACUGCAUCAUAGCAGAGUUCGCCUCCUAUCAGUCGCUGAAGUUUGAGUCCAUUUCGGUGGGGGCCUUCGGCUUUGGAGAAGAUCAGUAUGUUGUGUUUGCCCAACCGUUUGCUGGGACGUGCAGCUUCCUGGAAUGGGAUCACGUGGAAAUGACCUUCAGAACGUACGACACCAUUGAAAGCACCUCCACUGUGGUUUGCAAGCCCAUGGUGAUCGACAACCACCUCUUUGUCAUCGUGGCCCAGCUGUUCGGGGGCUCGCACAUUUACAAACGCGACACCUCCGCCAACAAGUUCAUCAAGAUCCAGGACAUUGACAUCCUGAAGAUUCGCAAACCUAACGACAUUGAGACGUUCAUGAUUGACGGAGAGUCUUUCUUUGUCAUCGCUGACAGCUCUAAGGCGGGCUCCACAACAGUGUACAAAUGGAACGGCAAUGGCUUCUACUCCCACCAGUCGCUCCACCCGUGGUUCCGCGACACAGACGUUGAAUAUUUGGAGAUCUCCAACAAACCCCACCUGAUCUUGUCCAGCAGCUCCCAGAGGCCCGUUGUCUACCAGUGGAACAGGAACCAGAAACAGUUUGAACGCAGGACUGACAUACCAGACAUGGAGGACGUCUUCUCUGUCAAACACUUCCGGGUCAAAGGUGAGCUGUUCAUUUGCUUGACAAGAUUCAUCGGGGACUCCAAGGUGAUGCGCUGGGAUGGUGCCAUGUUCAAGGAGGUCCAGACAUUUCCCUCCCGUGGCUCCAUGGUGUUCCAGCCGGUCUCCAUCGGCAACUGGCAGUAUGCCAUCUUGGGCAGCGAUUAUUCACUGACGCAGGUCUACCAAUGGGACACCGAGAGGGGCCAGUUUGUCAUGUCUCAGGAGCUGAAUAUCCAGGCACCUCGAGCAUUUUCUUUGGUUUCCAUUGACGACCGCGUGUUCCUGCUCGCAUCCAGCUUCAAGGGGAAAACUCAGAUAUAUGAGCACCUCAUGAUCGAUUUGAGUAAUUAAACUCCUCGUCUAAUUUCGGAUAAAUUAUGUGCACUAUACCAUUCAAAUGCUCUCUUCUGUGAACGUGUUGAACUUAUCGGUCUCAUUAGAAUCCACCAGCAAUUCCCACCUGAGUUUAAAGAAAAGGAAGUUUCAAGCAGAAGCUCAAACCAUCGAAAGAGAUAUUUCAAAUACAGUUCAGGACCUUUAUGCUGAGAUUAGGUGGUUGAAAUUAAUUUGUUAUGAUCACUGAGUUUAUUUCGCUGAAAAUACAUUCUACACAGUCCCUGAUGCCUAUGUUUGGCAAACCUGCUGCAACUACUUCAUCUUGAUUCCUCACUAUUUGGAAAUGCCUUAAUCUCCAUUUGAAAAAAACGUAGAGUGCGAACUGACUAUCUUUCAGGAAAAACAAGCUAUGAAAACACUGCUUUUGUCUUUUAUUUAACCAUGCAGGUGUUCUUGUAGUUAGUAGACAGAGUAUAUUUCUUCAUUUCAACUCCGUGCAUUUGUAUUUCUAUUGUAGGGAUUUGAUAGGAAAAGAUUUAGUUUUGGUAGUGCUAACAAUCAUGCAAUAAUAGGCCAAUAGGGAAACAUUCUUGAGGGAGAGGUGUUCAGGUUGAAGUCUGUGUUUGUUUUGUCUAGAAAAACUACAAACACAAAAGAGAACUUUUCUUAAUUUAUGUCUUCUUUCAGGAAAACUUACUUCAAAGUAAAACGGCAUUACAAGAGAUUAUUCACAAUGGAACAUAUGUGGACGUUGUCUACAAGCACUGGGUCAUAUGACUCAUCGGUUUUAAAGUCAGGGUUGUUUAGUAGCUUGUAGAAGAUAGACAAUGUGCAAACAUCUUUUUCGGAUUGGAAUCUAAUCUAACAGCAGCAACGACCUGGUUGGCAAAGUCAGUUUGUUACUAUAAGACUUGAGCUUGAAAAUACUACAAGCUUCCAAACCAAACGUGGGUAAAAAUUGAACUACUUGUUGAGGAUUAUGUACAUUCUUCCAGCCCAAUUUUUUAGCUAGUCAACCUAUCAGUCUUUUGUAAUUACUUACCACUUAAAGAAGUGACCCUAAUAUAUGAAAUGAAUCCACUUAACAUUGUGAGAAAAACACCUUCUCUGUCCUUUCUACUCCCUGACCGUCAGUUAAGCAAGACUGCACGCAUGAUGCAGACACUCAGUGUUGAUUCCUGAUGAAUGCCUCGCUAGAAGCAUCCCACUGUGUCCCCCCCCAGCCCUCCCUCUUUCACUGCACUCUUGCCCCUUUUCUCCCUGAUUGACAAAACCAUUGUUGUCUUUACUCCGUGACUAAAAAGCCAACCACUGGGCAGCACUGGGUCCUCUUAUUCUGACACAAAAGGAACCGAAUUUGGGUAACAAUUAACAACUUCACUGAUUUGCCAAAUAUAAUGUUUACGUUUUUACAGUACGGUGUAAAAUACUUUAUGUGAUAUUGCUUUUGUAUGUAGAGCGGACCACACUCGAGUGUUUUAUUUUUCAUAGAUAUAGAAUUUAGUGACAUGGGUCACCUCCUGAAACGCUGUGUAACAUGCUACUUCUGUAAGACAGUGUAGGCGUACUUGUGUCAGUCUAAUCUAGUUAGGCAAGGAUAGAGGAUAAUAGCCAUUCAUCUGUCAUCUUGCUCAUUGUAUUUUCUGUACAGCACAGUGGUAAUAAAAUACUAAAAUGUAAAA